CAACCGCAACGACAUCUGUCACGUCUGUCGCUCGAAUAGAUCCUCUUUAUCAGUUCCUAGAGGAGCGCCAUGAGUCUGGCAUCGCCGGCGUUGCUCCCGAAAGCGGCCGCGCCGCUGCGCCUCCUCGCCGCAACUCGACCCUCAUGUCAAAGAUAUCAAGACCGACAAAAUCAAUCCCCUUCUCAUCGCCAAUUCCACAAUGUGUCGGCUCAGUCCUCACACCGCCGACCCCGGCUCUCCUCCCACAUUCGCACCGACCAUGAGCGGAUAGCACGCCCGCGACGAGACUUUCACGCCUCCUCCUCGCUCCAAGCCACCAAGGAUCCCUACAAAGCGCUCGGCGUGGGCACGAAUGCGUCCAGCGGCGAGAUCAAAAAGGCGUACUAUGGUCUAGCGAAGAAAUACCACCCCGACACCAACAAAGAACCCAAAGCGAAGGAGUUAUUCGCCGACGCGCAAUCUGCAUACGAACUCCUCUCCGACCCUAAGAAGAAAGAGGCCUGGGAUCAAUAUGGUGCUGCGGCGUUCGAUCAAGGGGCUGGCUUCAAUCCUGGAGGUCCGGGUGCGGGCCCCGGCGGUAAUCCAUUCGCUGGCGCACAAGGCUUUGGUGGGUUUGGAGGAGCGGCUGGCGGCUUUGGGGCGGACUUCAAUUUUGAGGAUUUGUUUUCUGCUUUUGGGGGGACUGGGGCGAGGAGGGGCCGAAGAGGCGGUGGGCCAUUCCAAGAAGAGAUUAUGGUUGGCGAGAAUAUCGAGGUGCAGACGAAUAUCAGCUUCGUGGAUGCUGCGAAGGGCGUGCAGAAGGAUAUCACUAUCACGCCGCUGGUGCAAUGCAAAACGUGCACUGGCAACGGGCUGAAGAAGGGGAUGAGCAGGAGUCAGUGUAAGACUUGCGAUGGGACGGGAACGAGAGUGCAUUUCAUGCAGGGCGGCUUCCAGAUGGCGAGUACUUGCAACUCGUGUGGCGGCACCGGCGUCACAAUUCCAAGGGGAGGGGAGUGUGGCACGUGCAAGGGUAAUGGUGCGGUGAGGGAGAAGAAGACGGUGACGGUGGACAUCCCUGGAGGUGUGGAAGACGGGAUGAGGUUAAGAGUGAUGGGAGAGGGAGAUUACCCGCCUACAGGCCAGGCAUCGAAUCCCAAGGCCCGGACAGAGAAGGGCGACCUCUACGUGUUCAUCCGAAUUGCGCCGGACUCGAAGUUUUCGCGCUCUGGAUCCGACAUUCUUUACACCGCCGCCAUUCCUUUGACGACCGCCCUGCUCGGCGGCGAGAUCCACAUCCCGACGCUGGAAGGCGAGGUCAAGGUCAAGGUGGCCACGGGUACCGGGACUGGCGAUAAGAUUACCUUGAGCGGAUUGGGCAUGAAGAAGCUCAGUUCGCGACGGGGCAACAACGGCGACAUGAGGGUGGAAUUCAAGGUGCAGAUGCCGAAGUAUCUGUCCGUCAACCAGCGCACGAUCAUCGAGAUGCUCGCGGACGAGAUGGGCGAUCGGCAAGCGAAGAGGGUGAUGAACCUCAAUCAGUUCCGAGAUGCGCCGCCGGCGGACAGCAAGACGGAAGGGUCUGGCUCGAAACCGUAUCAGCGACCUGGAGCGACUGCGGAAGACCACAAGAACGAGGGCUUUUUGAAGAACAUGUGGCAUAACAUUACCGGGCAGCACGAUGAGCAGAAGAAGGGGAGUGAGAGCGGCAGUAACAGCAACCAGAGUCAGGACGAAGAGCCGCCGAAGAAGGCAUCUGGCAGUGGAUCGGGAUGACAGCACUACAGGGAGUGGUCAUAUUGCUUAGCGUUCUUGUUUGCAUCAUUGGCGUGACGGGGUGGCGAAUGUAGACACUGUACAGUAGAGAGAGAGGGAGCGGCUGGACUUGAUAGCGAGCAAUGCGCAUCUCGGCUCAC